GAGAGAGAGGAGGGGGAACAGACAGGACCAGACAGACGUCCGUUUAGCAGUUUAGUCGCCGGUCACUCGGCUGAAAACACGGAACCGUUCAACCAGAUUUCCCCCACUAAAGCGGACGGAACCGGACAUUUCCAACAGCGUUUACCGGCCGUACCGAGCACUCACCGGCGGUGGUACGGCCGACCGAAGGGUAGAUAGAUAACUAGAUAGAUUCCGGGAGGAAGAGGAGGAGAAACCGGAGAGGAGGAGGAGGAGAGAACCGAGGACAGGAGGAGGACUGACGGACGGAGGAAAAGAGGGAAGGAGAGGAGGCUGGAGAGAAAAAGGAGAGGAAUUUUUUUUUUUUUUUUUUAUGAAAGGGGAGAGAGAGUUUCUUUCUUUCUUUUCUUUUCCUUUUUUUUUUUUUUAGUCUCUUCUCCUUUUUUCCGGUCGCUUUCUCUUCUCCAGCUCUUCCUCUUCUGGAGUAUUUAUGUCUGAUUUUAGGAGCCCGUAAAUGUUGAACUUGAUGGGUGUUUUAAACGCCACCGCCGCCAAUGUCUCCUGUACUUGUAACUGCAAGCGCUACACCUCCCUCCAGAGCAUGGAAAUCACCCAGCUGGAGUUCGUCCAGAUCCUGGUGAUCGUCGUGGUGAUGAUGGUGAUGGUGGUGGUCAUCACCUGUCUGCUGAACCACUACCGCCUAUCAGCACGCUCCCUCCUCUCCAGACACGCCCCCGCACGCAGGAGACACCUGCCACUGGCCAACGAGGGAAGUCUGUGGUCUUCUGAGAGUACUGGGACAAACAGUGGUCUACAUGAGCACCAGGUGUACAACCCACGCCCUCCAGACAGAGGAGUCCCCUCAUCCUACCUACAGCGGGAGCCUCAGCAAGCCCAGUCCCAGUCCCAGCCUCCCCUCCAGUCCCAGCGCUUCCAGCACACAUACGCCCCGAGUCGUUUCCAGCCGACGUAUCCCUACCUGCCCCAGAGCCUCAUCGAUCUCCCCCCCACCAUCUGCCUCUCAGACGGGGAGGAGCCUCCGCCGUACCAGGGCCCCUGCACCCUGCAGCUUCGGGACCCGGAGCAACAGAUGGAGCUGAACCGCGAGUCGGUCAGAGCGCCGCCGAACCGGACAGUGUUCGACUCGCACCCCCUCGACUCAUCCAGCUCCUGUCUGCAGGCCAGUUUGCAGGCCCCUCCUCCAAGUGUCCACCCAGGCAUCAGCGUGUUAGAGGCCCAGGAGGCCUUGUCCCGGCAGCAGAAGCAGGGCUCUCGAGUAGAAGGAGCUCCCCCGACCUACAGCGAGGUGAUUGGGCACUACUACCACCCGACGUCCCUGACCCCCAACCACAACCAUCGGACUGUGUCGUCCUCACAAGCGCCCCCGUCCUCGUUCAUACACGGUCUGCUCCGACCUCCGCCUCAGCAGCAAGGAAGUGUGGACAACAGGAAUGCAAGGAACACGAAGGAGAAAUCCCAGAAGCCCCAGCAGGUGUGACAGUACUGCUUCCUUAUUCCUAGCCUGCAGGAAACCCAGGAUUAUGUCUGCUCACCACUUGGGAAAUGGUCAGUAGCAAAAACGAGGAACAACCUGGUUUAUGGUAACAUCCACUCUGAAUGGUUUAAGAGCUGGUUCACGUUAGCUGUAGUUGUAGCUGACAUGUGGUCAGUUUCCCCACUGCAUGGAUUGGGCUAGGAUUGGGAAGCAGCACACACCGGCUUCUCGUUUAGGUAAGAACACCUGGAAAUCGUAUCACUCUUGCAGAGCACAGUUGCAGGAGAAAAUCGGGUACUUCCUGUUCCGCAGCUUCUCACUUCCUGUCUGAGGACCACUUCAGAUGAACCGAUGAUGAUGUCAGAAGAAGAAAGGCAGAAGGUGCAAAGGGAAGGAUGGAGACAGAAGCCUCCUUCUUCCCUUUAACAACUCCACUUCAUGCCUCCUCUUUCAGACUCAUCUAACUAUUCUUCAUUAUAAAUAUUUACUUGUUCUGUUUGUUUCUAUAGAACUUUUUUGUUAGUUUGUUCGUUUUUCGCGCUUACGAAAAAAAAAAAAAUCCUAUCCAGGCAAAUGGCGAAAUGUUGCAAUCUUCUUGGUUCUUCCAGGUUUUUGGUUUUCCAGUGAUAAUCGCCCUCGCUGCUUUGACUAGUUCUGUUUCACGUUCACGACUGCACAGUCCACCGCCGGCAGUGACUCCUGCACCAGGCUGUAGCUGUAUCACUGGGACACGUUAGCACAUUAGAAUAUUUCCAGAAAGAGUUUAGAUCUAGAUAGUGUUAUCUUAAACUAGCUUACCAGUCGUAGCACAGUGCUAAAAGUUCUUGAGCUAAACGUUCUGCCUUAUAUCGACCAAUCGAUGCAGGAGUUGUCGCUAAAAUCCUUUUUUAGUUUUGUUUUUUAUUUUAUUUAAUGUUUUCUAGAGAAGGUUUGCACAAAGUUCAAGACUGUUCACCACAGAAAAAGAAAGAAAUCCGCAAUAUGAUUGAUGAGAGAGAAAACAGAAAGUAGGGGUAUUUUUCUAAACUUGAUAGAUUCUUAUGAGUAAAGAUUUUUUUUUUCUGUUUUAUAUGUUGUCUAGUUUUAGAAAAAAGAAACAAACAUCAGUAAUCUGUUGGGGUGCCAACUUUCACAUUGAACAUUUUGCUACAUACAUGUUGGCAUGUAUAUACGUUACAGAUUGAGUAUAUAUACACACAUGUAUACAAACCGAGAGCGAACUUAAAAAGCACGAAUUUAGAGUUAUUUAUAUAAUUGCUGAAAAGAAUUGCACUAUUUUUUAGGAUGCGCAGAUGGAACGUGAGAGAGAGACUAUUAUUGUGAAGGGGCUCUGUCUAUUGAGGCGUGAACAGAUCGAGAGAGACCUGGACUUACCAGAGGGUUGGACCAGCUCAGUGCACAGCAUCCGGUAUCACGAAAACAUAUCAAGGGGGGAUUCUGACUUUGGUUCAGCGGACUCGGAUCAACUUUUACUGUACCAUUGAUUAAAAAAUAUAAAUCCCUUGUUUAUGCAAACGUCCGAGUCCUGUGAGCCAACCACAAGUCAGCAUUCAACCUGUGGGCCCAAUCAGAAACUCUGCUCGUAGCUCUCUCUCUUUCAUCCUUAUUGGCCGAAUCGUUAGCCAAUCCCAAAGCUGGCUGUCACUACCUCGACCAAACAAGUCAAGCACAUACGAGUUUGCUCACGUUAAUCAGAAUUUGCCACAUCGACAAAUGUCUGAACUAAUCAAGACAAUGUGUAAUGUAACAGUAGAACAUAGUAGAAUAGGAUGUAGUAGAGUUCCUUUUUAAUCCUCCUGUCCUUUUAUUUGAAUGUCAGAAUUUAUGUUUGUUGGGUGAAAAGAGAGAGAAUCCAUGCAGAUCCAAUGACACCUAACGUCCCCUUUGUAGUACACUACUCAGGACGGAAGCCAGGUCGCCUUACAGCCCCCUAAAUGAGCGAUACAAUGACUGUGCACUGCUGUGGCCACACACACCGACACAUACAUGUGCACAUUGGUGCAGACAGACGGGCAGGAAAACGGUCGCCUGACAACAACGAACUGGAGGUGUGUUUGUCACACAUCUCCAGUUCAUCACACACACACACACACACAGUUCCCUCUGGUAAGUCUCUUCUCUCUUGCAGGCAUCUCUGAGCACUUUACUGCACCGGGAAAGAGACCACAAUCUUCUGUCAGCCAGCGUCGGCCUCGGCUCACCGCCAGAUAAUAAAACUAAAACAAAAAUAAAUAAAAACAUAGUAGAACCUUCUAAUAAUGUAGUUUGGAUUCCUCAACCUUUAGAACCACACUUUUAAGAGAUGCAAAGAGUUGUGCUCCAAAACUUUAAACAUCCUUCAAGUGGAAAUCCCACUACCUGGAAUCAUUGAUUUAUUAUUCUGAAGUCUGUACGAUCUGUAGUCGUCUACGGCUGGGUAUCCUUUCAGUUAUUUCCAAUAUAAUUUUCGAUACAUCACUUUGAGAAAUAUAGUUUUUCUACAAAAGUCACAAAAACAGUACAAGAACUUUGGCUAAAUAAAAGUAAAAUACAGUUUAAAAUUGGCAAAACUUAUUAAAAACUAAUUUAAAUCAGGAACUUUCUUAUCAAAUAAUAACUAAAUAAGAUCAUGAAUGUGACAGGACAUUCAAAGACAACUUUUGACAGUUUAGUUUGCAGACAUAUUUUGGUUGGCACCAAAAACAUACAGAGGUUUGAUACCCAGCUGGAGUAACGACGGACUCACUGACAGAUCAAAUAACCUGGUUUCCAUUUAAAAUGAAUCAUUUGUUUUUAUUUUCCCACUGUGGAUAUUUCAGUUUUGGAACAGAAAUCUUUGUGCGUUGAACGCAGCACGAGACGAGUUGUUGCAAACUAGACACACUGAAGUGUUGAAAAGUGACACGAGUGUUAAUGGCAACUCGUCUUUUGUCAUCUCUUUAGGAGUGUAGAAGUAAAGGUAGAAGUUUAGUUUAUUAAAGUAGAAGAGUAGAAUACGCAGAAGGUUUUGUGUCUAAAGUUGCUGCUUGUAUGAAGAGUUCAGCGUGACCUCCACCCUUUAACCCGGUGGUCCGCCAGUUGUCUUGAAUUUCUAUUGACGUGAAGGCGAUUGACGCCAGCACCCUUUAUUGUCCAGUCUUUAUGCAACAGCGCCCUCCGUAGGGACCGAACCAAAUCACAGCCAAAACUCCCCGAAGCUGAGUCAGUUCAUUCUUGUAGAGAGAGGAGAGAGUCGAAAGGCCAAAAAGAUAGAUUUUAUAAUCUGACACGGUGAAUCCUUCAAUCUUUUGUCUUUUCUUUUCUUCUCAAAUGAAUCACAGGUGUCUGAGGCUCGAUGUACGGCACCAGUUUGUGUCUCUGUAACUCUUUCUAAACAGAAAUGAACCCCUAUAAAAUUGGAUUAGUUUUGUCCCUGUUAAAAGAGACAUGGGAAUAUUGUUCCUAUCAAAUUUUUUCUUCUGUUUUCUGAAUCGUUGCCUUAAACCUUUUUGACAAAAAAAAAAGACAAAAGUUGACAAAUAAUCAAAAGUCAGUUCUGUGUGAUUCACUUACCCUCUGUCUUGUUUACUGUCUCUCUUCCUCCUUUGUUCCGGUGCUGCACUGCCAUUUUUCUUAUGUAUUGAAAAAAAAAUCAUGAUAUAAAGAAAUUAAUCUCUUGACCCAAAGCAGCUAAAGGAGUAAUGAGUGGAUCAAUCAAUGUAAGAAUCACCUUUGACCUCAGAAUGAGAUUAUGAGCCCGGUCCCAAUAUAAGUUCAGAUAGCUUACUGACCUUCCUUCCCCUUCCCUUUCCUUCCCUUCCCUUCCCUUCUCUUUCCCUUCCUGUUUCCCUCCACCAAUGUUACACUUGUGUUUGGACCGGGCUGUUUCCUUUUUAAACUGGUUCGGUUCCCUGCACUGGAGGGUUCGCAGCGGGUAUGAGAAGCCUGGACAGGCUCUGAUCAGAGCAUCACAGUGACAAGUGAUGAUAAUUUAAAGUAGGGUACCUUUAAUUCAUGAGAAAUAAAACAGUGUAGGAUCAAUCUCUCGCUUCAGGGAAACCUGCGCUGGCUGACCAUACAAAAAAAAAAAAGACGGGAGGAGAGGAAGGGGGAAACUCUUUGAGAGGCUCAAUGGAAACACCAAUCACACAUUUACUCA